UGAUGGAAAUUGGUGAACUCUUUGCUCAAAUAAAAAAUUAAAAAAAUGAUGGCCGAUAAGGCGGUAUCGACCGAAGACUUAUGGGUAGAAGAAGAAAAAAUAAGUGUUGCUGUGAGCUUAAUUCGGUUAGAAUCGAUUUUGCAAACUUUAUUAGAUAACAAAGUAAAAGCCUUAAGAAAUGAAAAUCGAAACACUUCCAGUAUUCAUUCAAGUCGAAAGUCCAUUUUGAAACGAUUAAGACUUAUGUCGACUUCCAGUCAAAGCACAAUCAAAGAGGAAAAUGGAAAAGGAAAGGCUUUGAAAAAAGAUUCUUCCAUAUCCUCCAGUACUCUUCAAGCUUGUCAAUGUAGGACGCCCAAUUUCGAAGUAUCGUCAGUUAACGAAAGAGACAAAGACAAUAUUCACGCUAAAAAAUGUCCUACUACUACAAAUCGAUCAACUAAUUGUUGUUGCGAUCACGAAUUAGAAGAACACACGUUGCGUUAUGACGAACACUAUAUUUCCCUCGGAGUAGAUCCCGAAAAACCCAGUCCUUUAGACGAUAUUUUGGCGGAAGAAGCUUUAUAUAGAGCUAGAAAAAAAAGAAGAAAAAGAAGGAAAAAAUUAAUGAAGAAACGCAUGGCGAUGGCUCAAAACGCUUGUUAUAUGGAAGAAGGAGAAUUAAACGAAUCUUAUAAACAUUUAACGGUCGAUGAAUCAUCUAGAAGAGCAAAAUGGACCAUAGUGGCUACGGCCUUUUUGUUGCUUUUCAUGUGCCUACUCCUAGUCGGUCUAACUCUCAGAAUGGCUCCUAUCAUAGACGAAAUGGUUCGUAAAGAAAAUGAAGAAUUCGUCAAUUCUCUUACAAGACACCGAAAUUCUUCGGCAGCUCAUUCCGUCCAAAUGAACCAUACGUAAAGACAGUAGAUAGAAAUAAGUUCGCCACUAUUAUUAAAAUAUUUUUUUUUCGAGAAACUUGUGGCGUAUUAAUAAUGGAUUAUAUUAUAUCAUUAUUAUUAAAUAAACCCGUAAAAUCAUGAACAACAAGUGAAACUGAGAACUGAAACUGAUUAUCUAUACUCAACAGCUAAAUAA